AUGGCUUCAAGUCCGAGGAAGCAGUAUGUCGGCAGACCGAAGAUUUUGACAGAAUACUUUCAUCAGACAGUGAGAACAGAGUCAGGUUCAGCUCCUUAUUCGCUUCAGGAAAACGUUUCUUCAACACCUAUAAGAAAACUGAGAGAUCAAGACCUUCAUCAACCAGAUACUAGUAUAUCUGAGAUUUCUUCAGCCCAAAGUGAGAAUACAUAUACAGAACUUAAUAACAGUCCAAGUCAUAAAAGAAGAAAGUUGUGUACUGCAAACACUAGAGAAUCCUCAUUCAUUGAUCCAUUUGAUUUAACAAUAAAUGUGACUGAAGAAAGCAUCACUGAUUUGGAUUCAGAGGAAGAAUAUGAACCUAGUUUUAAUGUUAAUCUAAGGCCAAGCAACAUGUUAGGUCUAACGGAAGUGACUCUCGAAGAACAAGAGUUUGGUGUAGAGGAGACAGAGGGUGAUGAAGCAGAAGAUGAACGGGAUAUACAGGAGGAGGUGGGUUCUGGCAUCAUACAGAUAAAAGAUGAGGAAAAUGUGCAAUUGUUGACUCAAGAUGAGACCCGUCCUGUUUACAAGAAGUGUCUGCUGAGGGUAGCCAGCAUCAAUAUAGAAGACAGUUUGUAAGGUGAAAGGUUGCACAAGUCCAGUGAGUCUACACACAGAAAAUAUAGGAUCAGCGC